AUGGACCGGUCUCUACCAUACUCAUCAUAUCAACUGCGACGUGCAGAAAUGCUACAGAAGCAAUCCGACUUUGCAAUGCUGAGUCGACGAACAUCAGCUCCACGGCCACUCUCGGAGGCCACUGAGUUCGACACUGACAAUGAAGAAGACUCCGACUCGGCUCCUCAACCUUGGGGCUCGGAAGGAGACAAUGACAGCCAAUCUACACUGUCAAGUCCGGACGACCUCCCCACACCGCCGCAUACCGGUGGUCUGGGAGGGUUCGAGUUCCACUUUGACGACAAGUCAAUAGUUGGACCUCAAGGUCCGCACCUCUUCCGAGGAACACCAGAGAUCCUCACUUCUCCCGAGGACGAUGUCUUCCUCACCAUGUCUCCUGUUGAAGAGUUCAAAUCCCUGGCUGCUGAUAUCAGACCUCUUGCCAGACCCAUCAACGCUCUCAACAGAGCAGUGGCAGAGCUCGAUGAAUCUCAAGUCCGUGAUUGGACACCACGGCAAGUGGCAGACUGGAUGCACGAGGCUGGCUUCGAGAACAGCGUUGUCGACAAGUUCCUCAUACACGAUAUCUCCGGUAGCGUGCUGAUCGACCUACAAUUCGAGGACCUCAAAGAACUCGACAUCAGCUCCUUUGGCAAACGACACCGAGUCAUGAGUUCCAUCCACCAGUUGCGCAACAGCAGCAUGAUAACCCUGGACACACCUCUUUCGAGGACUCCCUCCAGAACGAACCGAAGUCCCAGGGCCUUGCAACGAGUAGCCAGGCCCGAUGAACGGCAAGUGGUCGUUACAGAUCGCUCGCGCUCCCAGAGACGAGGGCGUCAACCCGACAUUGUCACUCCGGCCGAGUCAGUAUCCAUUGUCGGUAUCGAACAGGUCCUUCCCAAGGAGCACAAAUGCGCCAAAGGAGAAGACUGUCCCAAGUGGCAGAAGCAACAACGGAGAAUCCUCCGGAUGCAGCAAGCAUUCGAGCAAGACACCAAGGCUCAAAGACGCCUUUCCAAGGCACUCUCCGAGGCACAAUCCGAAGCCCUUCCCUCAGUGGUUGGCUCAUCAGACGUCCUUGGUCCCUCAGCCGCGAAGAUCACAGCCGAAAGUCUGAGCUCCAUUCAACCUCGCGAUCCUCAAGAGAACAUCCGCCAAUUCCUCAACUUUCAACACCUGCACUCACCAUCACACGCCACCAAUCCAUCACCUCCCCCAGCCGCCUCUGCUUCAUUCGCCGCCAAAACCCACCUUGACAACAACCUGCGUGGCCUGCCCAAGCUCACAAUCCCAGGCUCAUCAGGUGACGACGAGAGAAGUCCAUCAAGGACACCAAUUUCGGCCCUUCAACAACCCACACAAAUCCAAGUCCAACUCAAGGCCCAGCUCCUCGGCGACCCAUACCACUACGGCGGCGUCGCCUCGCCAGCGGACAUCUACCGCAUCGACACCCCCAUGUCUGCCACAGACAUUCCCAUCACAGCAAUGGCCAUCGACCCUUGCCAACGCGACGUCUCGCAAUCCGUCCCACCCGAGAUGCGCUACGGUGCCGGCGCCGCAACACUCGUAAGCCCCGAGCCCAUCCAAAGAUGCACAUCGACGCAACCAACUCGCCGCCACAUUCGCCAACAAUCAUUCACCCCAUCCAUUCCUCCCGUCCAAGAAACCAACAACGAGUCCUCCCAAGCACAGCAAACACUCCCAUGCUCUAGACCCACCGAGCUCGACUUGGCCAACCACCAAGGCUGGAUGCGCAAGCGCCGCACCACGCGCAUCCUCCGCCACGAAUGGCAAGACAACUACUGCACGCUCGUCGGCAACAAAUUGACCAUGCACGAGACGCACUACGCCAACGCCGCACCUCUCGAGAAAAUCGACGUCGACGAGUACACUCUGCACGCGUACGCGCAGGCCUCGAGCUCCAAACUCAGCGCCGCUUUCAAGAAAUCGCUGCUCGGCCAAGGCAAGCUCCCCGCCGGCGAGCACAGCUUUGCCUUCUCUUUAAUCCCCGACUCCGAGAAGUCCCGCAAGAUGUUCGAGAAGGGCAGCAAGACGCACUACUUCGCCGUCGACAGCUCCAAAGAGCGCAUCGAGUGGAUGAGGAAGUUGAUGCUGGCCAAAGCCAUGAAGAAGAAUGAUGCUUGCCAGAUUUGA